AUGGAUCACAAAACCAAUGAAGAAAAGAAGCGGCAAGCUUUCAGGGCUGCUUGCAUCAGACUGAAAGCAUAUCUGGCUGAGAAGAGACUGGCCAGAGAAGAACAACUAUAUGAAGAGGUAUCGGCCAGCACGGCCGAUAUAAUUAAAGAAGGUUUCGAAAAACUGGAUGCAAUCCAACUUGAAGAUUUGGAGUCAGCCCCUUCCAGGAUGGAAGAUAAUAAAGCAGAGGUGCAAGAUCCUUUAUUGGAAAUAAAUGUUGGUACUAAAAAAGAUAAUCGGCCAUUAUUUGUUAGUGCUUUGCUUGAGCCUAAAUUACAGGCCGAUUUGAUUAAAUUAUUAAAUGAAUAUAAGGAUUGCUUUGCUUGGAGUUAUGAAGAGAUGCCUGGCCUGUCUAGAAAAUUGGUAGAACAUAGAUUACCGAUCAAGAAAGAUUUUCAGCCAUAUAAACAACCACCAAGAAGGAUGUCUUCGGAAGUAAUGCUCAAAAUUAAAGAAGAAAUUGAAAGACUUCUUAAGGCAGGAUUUAUUCGAACAGUUAGGUAUGUUGAAUGGUUGUCUAAUGUUGUUCCUGUAAUGAAGAAGAAUGGCAAACUUAGAGUUUGUGUGGAUUUUCGCAAUUUAAAAAAUGCCACUCCAAAAGAUGAAUAUCCAAUGCCUGUGGCCGAUCAACUUAUUGAUUCGGCCGCUAAGCAUGAAAUAUUGUCUUUUAUGGACGGCCAUUCAGGUUAUAAUCAAAUCUAUUUAGCCGAGGAGGAUGUUCAUAAAACGGCUUUUAGAUGUCCUGAGUCAAUUGGUACUUUUGAGUGGAUUGUGAUGCCAUUUGGCCUAAAAAAUGCUGGGGCUACUUAUCAAAGGGCAAUGAAUUCUAUCUUUCAUGAUAUGAUUGGCCGAUUCAUGGAAAUUUAUAUAGAUGAUGUGGUUGUGAAAUCAUCGGCCAAGAGACACCAUUUGGAACACUUGAAAAGGGCCUUUGAAAUGAUGAGGAUUCACAAAUUGAAAAUGAACCCAUUGAAGUGUGCAUUUGGAGUUUCAGCCGGGAAUUUCUUAGGGUUCUUGGUACAUAAACGAGGUAUUGAAGUUGAUCAGAACAAGGUCAAAGCUAUUAUAAAUGCUAGGGCCCCAGCCAACAAAAAACAAGUGCAAAGGUUCCUCGGCCAGGUAGGUUUUCUUAGAAGAUUUAUUUCUAACCAUGCUGGCCGAGUGCAUGUCUUUUCGACUUUAGUGAAAUUAAAGUCACAUGAGAAAUUUCAUUGGGACGAAUCCCAUCAGAAGGCCUUUGACAAAAUAAAAGAGUAUUUGGCAAACCCCCCGGUUGUAAUGCCUCCAAGAAAGAAGUGGUCGUUAAAGCUUUAUUUAUCGGUCGCAGAAGAAUCAAUUGGUAGUAUGCUCGCACAAGACAAUGAACAUGGAAAGGAGCAAGCUGUCUACUACCUGAGUAGAGUACUAACUGAUGUAGAAUGCAGAUAUUCCUCAAUUGAGAAGCUUUGUUUAUCUUUGUACUAUUUGGCCAUGAAGUUGAGAGUAUACAUGCGGCCUGUUGAUGUUUACAUUCUUUGUCAGACUAACGUGAUCAAGUAUAUGCUAUCAAGGCCAUUGAUCAUUGGCCGAAUAGGUAAGUGGGCUUUGGCUUUGAUGGAAUUCAAUUUUAUCUACGUCUCACAAAAAUCAGUAAAAGGAAGGGUUCUGGCUGAUUUUUUGGCCGAUCAUCCUUCAACUGAUAUUGAUCCAUGGGUUUAUGAUGAAUUGGAGUCAUCAGCUAUAUUUUUAACUCAUUGGAUCUUAAUGUUUGAUGGAUCAAGCACGGCUGAUGGAGCAGGAGCAGGUAUUGUUAUUAUUUCGCCAGCUGGCAGAAAGGCUUCAUUCUCUUUCUUUUUAGAUUUUAAAUGUUCAAAUAACCAGGCCGAAUAUGAAGCGCUUAUAAUCGGCCUGGAGAUUUUAAUUGAAAUGGCUUUUUGGCCGAGAGGGCAGAAUAAGGAGGCCAACAGCAUGGCCCAAGCAGCCUCAGGAAUAAGAGUACCAGUCGGAAUAGAAGAUCAGUUGAUAAAGAUAACACGAAGAUCUUUGCCGUCGGCCGAAUUGAGAAAUACUAUGUUUGAUACUUGGACAAUUGAUGUAGAAGAUUUGGCCGACGAUGACUGGAGGAUACCAUUUAUAAUGUUCCUUCGAAAUCCAAACAUCAAGGCUGAUAGAAGUAUUAAAAGAAAAGCGAUCAACUUUGUGCUUCUAGAUGGGGAUCUAUACAGAAAAGGGUUAGAAGAUGGGCUCUUACUACAAUGCAUAAGUAAGGAGGAAUCACUUCAGGUUAUGGCCGAGGUACAUGAGGGCCGCUGUGGGGCUCACCAAGCUGGGAUUAAAAUGAGAUGGCUGAUUCGCAGGUAUGGAUAUUAUUGGCCGAGAAUGAGGAAAGAUUGCAUAGAUUACUCAAAAGGUUGUCAAGCUUGUCAAAGACACGGGCCGAUUCAAAAUGUACCAGCAAAAGAAUUACAGCCAAUAAUCAAACUUUGGCCAUUCAGAGGUUGGGGCCUUGACCUUAUUGGUAAAAUUAAUCCACCAUCAAGCGAAGGCCAUCACUGGGUGAUUGUUGCCACAGAUUAUUUUACUAAAUGGGUUGAGGCCAAGGCUUGCAAAGCGGUUGAUCAGCAAACAGUGAUUAAUUUCAUGGAAUAA